AUGCAGGGAAUUAAAAUGGCCAGCCCAGUUAUCAGGGCAGCAUGCAAGAGAUCACUACACCAAAGCGCAGUCAGGGCGAUUACGAUUCCCUUUCUGCCCACGUUGCCGCAGAACCCUGGCGGUGUGAAGGGCGACGUCAAUGAGGCAAACCCUGUGCCACCAGCUAACAAGAUGCACGGGUCACUCCACUGGAACAUCGAGCGGGCAUUUGCUGUGGCUGCUGUUCCACUUGUAGGCCUGCCACUAGUGGCAGGCAGCGGUGUGUCGACGUUGAUGGACUCGUUGCUUGCGUCUGUGAUGCUGGGCCAUUGCUACAUCGGGUUCCAGGCAUGUAUCAUCGACUAUAUACCACAGCGCGUGUACGGAAAGUUCCACCAGUACGCGAUGUACCUGCUGGCGUUUGGCUCGCUGCUUUCCGGAGUAGGGAUCUACAAGAUGGAGAGCGAGGGCUACGGCAUCUGCGGCGCGGUGGCUGCUGUGUGGUCGGGCAAGGCCGCGCGUGAGGAGAAGGCCUGA